AUGACAAAGAAACAUGGAACUGAUAACAUCAUUUCACAAGCAACCCUGCUGCCAUUCAAUGCCCUUGUAUCACUGGUGAAUCGGCUCUGUGGCGUAGGGCUGCGGCUGGCGGUGAUUAAGAAAAGCAAAAAGAGCCCUCCAAAGCCCACGGGCAAAAAGGCCGAGGGAAAGCAAUUUCGGCAACUUGGAGGUACGAAUGCUCUCCCAUUUAGGAACAAGGUCUUUGAUGAUCAUCUUGCGCCCGUUCAUAUCGAUGUGGAUGGCUCAGUGGGUGCAGAGGACAACCUUAAGGCUUCCAUGAAUUUCAUAGAACAGACUCAUUGGCACAACUCGAAGCCCCUUGAUUCAAAAAAGAUGCCUUCUUUGACCCCCAAAGAGCUUGCUCGAUACCACAAAAGAAACCAGUUUUAUAUGGCGGAGAUGGAGAAGUAUGCAGAAAGCUUAUUGGGGUCCUCGGGAAUGUCUCAGCGAGAUAUUGUGGUUGCUGGAUCCCCUUCAAUUAAAGGUGAAAAGACGUAUUCAUCACCCCAAGUGAAAGCUCGCCCAGGAACUGGAAGACCUUCCGUCAGGGAGAUGGCUGCGGCGACUAUUCAACAGAAGGUAGCUGAUGGAGAGCGAAAGCAAAGGCUGAAGUGGAAGACUCAGCUCGAAGCCAUGGCAAAAGGACCCCAGGAUCCAAUGACUCGAAUCUAUAUUGCGGAGGAAUACUUGUCCAAACUGCCAAAGGAUAGUCGCAAUAGCCUAGAGGCUGAAGUUCUAGCUUACCUUCUUGAUGCAUCGUUUCAAGCCAUUAAUAAUCACGAAAAACACAAAGAUGGAACCAACUCGAUUACUUUGACAUACAUGUGGGGAGUGCUCACUCGUCUGAUGAAACUGAGACACGGUGUCAGUGUUGAUAUUCCUGAAUAUGUCCGGCAAAUCUGCCAGUGUCUCGGAUUACCAGUGGUCUCUCUAUCAGUUCACACUAAGCAGACGCUAUCAUUCAAGCCUUUAACCAUACCCCAGAAGCCGAAGAAUUUGGUCGGGAUGUCUGGAGUAGAUUUCCAGCUUAUGCAUGGGGGGCCAUUCAUGGAGCGUGGCAUAGGCUCUUUGCCAGACCCACGAACACCCGACUUUGAGCCUGAUCUAUGGCAAAGAGAGGUAUUGGAUCAGAUUGAUGCAAAGAUGAGCGCCUUCAUCGUAGCCCCAACCAGCGCAGGAAAGACAUUUAUCUCAUUCUAUGCGAUGAAGCAGGUCCUAAAAGAAGAUAAUGAUGGCAUCCUUGUUUAUGUGGCUCCCACAAAGGCACUGGUAAAUCAAAUCGCGGCUGAGGUACAGGCUCGAUUCUUGAAAGCAUACCCUGCAAAGAUGACUGGGAGGUCGGUAUGGGCCAUUCACACUAGGGAUCAUCGAAUCAAUAAUCCAAACGGUUGUCAAAUCCUCAUCACAGUCCCCCACAUUCUCCAGAUCAUGAUGCUUUCUCCAACUAACGCCAAAUUAUGGACACCACGAUUAAAGCGAAUCAUUUUUGAUGAGAUCCAUAGCAUCGGCCAAGCCAAGGAAGGUGUCAUCUGGGAGCAACUGCUGCUUUUGGCUCCGUGUCCUAUCAUUGCCUUGUCGGCUACAGUUGGGAAUCCUGACGAGUUCUACAGUUGGCUCAAGCGUGCUCAGGGCGUGAACGGGCACGACUUGAAGAUGAUUUCGCAUAAGCACAGAUAUUCCGAUCUAAGGAAUUAUGAGUAUUGUCCUCCUCGAAGUUUUUCAUUCAAGGGCUUUUCCAAUCCUAGUGGUUUAUACCAGUUGGGACUUGACCUGGCCGAUGACAUGAAGUGUAUGCAUCCUGUUUUGAGCUUGGUCGAUCGUUCAAGAGGGAUACCGAAUGACUUUAGUCUUGAGCCACGGGACUGUUUGACCUUAUGGAAAGCAUUGCAUUGCUUAAAGACUGAAAACUUCCCGGUUGAUGCCUCUCUCAGCCCGUCCUCUUUUUUCUCUGAUACCAUAAUCGGGAAGAAGGACGUCAUUGAAUGGCAGGAAUCAUUGAUUGAGCUCGUCAGUAACUGGAUGAAAGAUAGGAAUUCUCCUUUUGAGGCACUUCUACUUCAAUUGGGGGAAGAUAAUGCCGGUUCAAAAACCACUGCUGACGCAGCGGAAACUUCAUCGAGUUCACCUUGGCCGGAUGUGCCACAGGACGACGAGCUCUUAUCUACGACCCUUCCACUAAUUUGCUCCCUCCAUGCUCAACGUGCACUCCCAGCGCUAUUUUUCAAUUUUGACCGGGGAAAGUGUGAAGAAAUAUGUCAGCACUUACUGGCCCAAUUGCGAAAGGCGGAAUCUGCAUGGAAAUUAGAAAGCCAAGCAUGGAAGGCAAAGCUCAGUAAGUGGAGCGAGUGGAAGAAGUCUCAGGAGGGAGCCAAAAAGAAGGCCAUCAAAACGCCAAAGAAGAAAAGAUCCGAAGAUCAGGCAACUUCUCGCGCCGACGAGAUUAGAGACGCGGCAUUUGCUGAAGGCAGUAUGUGGGAGCUCUUCGAUCCAGAAAGACCUUUGGAAAGGUUCAGCUUAGCUGAUCCAAAAAAGGUGUCACAGUCAGAAUUCUUGAAGUACACCGAGGACCUUGAAUGGCGCGAUAUUCCACGGUGGCUGAUAGAUGCCCUCGAGCGUGGCAUUGGUGUGCAUCAUGCCGGUAUGAAUCGCAAGUACCGCCAAGUCUGUGAAAUCUUAUUCCGCAGAGGGUUUUUGCGCGUCGUUAUUGCAACGGGCACAUUAGCCUUAGGUAUCAAUAUGCCAUGCAAAACGGUCGUGUUCUCGGGGGAUUCGUUAUUCCUCACGUCACUCAACUUUCGACAAGCGUCCGGACGAGCAGGACGUCGUGGAUUUGAUUUGCUGGGAAAUGUUGUUUUUCAGAAUGUUCCCACUGCCAAGAUUCACCGUCUAGUCAGUUCAAGGCUUCCAGAUCUAAAUGGUCAUUUUCCCGUUACGACUAGUCUAGUUCUGCGGCUUUUCAUUCUAUUGCAUGGCUCUGACCAGGCACCAUCGGCGGUGAAGUCUAUCAAUUCUCUCCUGUAA